ACUCAAGGCAGAUUCCUGAGUGAGAACUCAGCUUUAAUAAAGAGCUAUUUUGUUUUUGCGCCUGUGUUUGUAGGUGGGAGCGAGAGAGAGAGAUAGAUCACUCUCAGGAGGAUAUCUAAUCAAGGAAAUCGCCAGUCUAUAGGAGAGUUCUUUAUCAACCUCUGUGGAGAUCACCCCCUUGGAAAGACUUUCAAAUGUCUAAGCGAAGCAAUAAACCCACCCAAAUAGGGACAUCGGGAGUCGAAGUGGAUAUGGAAGUUACGAUUCUCCGCAGCAGCAGAGUGGUGUUAGACGAUGAAGUCGUUCCAGCAGAGAUCCUGAUCUCCAAUGGCACAAUCGCCAAAAUUUUGCGGGGAGGAAGCAGAACCCAGAGCCACGUUGAGAAGGGAAGUCUGGGGCAGGUGCUGGAUGUUGGCGACUUAGUGGUUAUGCCUGGAGUUGUAGACUGUCACGUUCACAUCAAUGAGCCGGGACGCACAGACUGGGAGGGCUACUACUCUGCGACCAGGGCUGCAGCGGCUGGGGGCAUCACAACUGUGGAGGACAUGCCACUGAACUGUAUACCUCCAACCACCACCCUGUCAAACCUUCAUACCAAGCUGAAGAAAGCCAGAGGACAGUGCCACGUGGAUGUGGCCUUCUGGGGAGGGGUGAUACCUGGAAAUCAGGCAGAGCUUCUGCCUAUGCUGAAAGCCGGAGUACUGGGGUUUAAGUGUUUCUUAAUUGCCAGUGGCGUGGAAGAAUUCCCCCACGUCCGCUACAAGGAUUUGGAAAUGGCGAUGAAUGAACUGCGAGGCACAGACAGUGUCCUAUUGUUCCAUGCAGAAGAAGAACUGCAUCUGGAAGUUGAUAGCGCUGAGGAUGCCGAUCCAUCGGAGUACAGUACAUUCUUAGCCUCUCGUCCCGACUCCAUGGAGGUGAAAGCUAUUCAGACCAUCAGUGAACUCUGCCUGCAGUACAAGGUGAGAUGCCAUAUUGUGCACCUUUCCACAGCUCACGCCCUACCCGUCAUCAGAGAGGCUCGUCGCAAAGGGGCUCCCCUCACAGUAGAGACGACACACCAUUAUCUCACCCUGGCUGCCAGCCUCAUUCCUCCAGGGGGAACCUACUUUAAGUGUUGCCCCCCUAUCAGGAGCCAAAGCAAUCAGGAACAGUUGUGGUUGGCCCUACGGAACAGAGAUAUUGAUAUGGUGGUCUCAGACCAUUCCCCCUGCUCUCCGGACUUAAAACACUUGGACAGCGGGGACUUUCUCCAGGCCUGGGGAGGGAUCUCCUCUUUGCAGUUUGGUCUCCCUCUUUUCUGGACCUCAGCAAGACGCAGAGGAUUUUCCUUGUGUGAUGUGGCGGAGCUGCUGUGUAAGAAUCCGGCCAAGAUGAGUGGACUGGGACUGAGGAAAGGAUCCCUGUUGCCAGGACUGGAUGCCGAUUUGGUGAUCUGGGAUCCAGAUGGAGAGUUCCAGGUGACUGAAAAUAUGAUUCAGCACAAACACAAGCUGACCCCGUACCUUGGAUUCCACCUCCAGGGAAAGGUUUUCGCCACUAUCUUACGUGGCAGGCUCAUCUAUAUGAAUGGGAAGUUCACCUCCACUGCUCAAGGUGACGUACUUCUAGUGCAAAACAAGAUGCCUGAAAAAACUGCCAUAUCCUAUGACUAAAGGGAUAUUUGCAGACGGUGAUGUGAAAAUGGCCACCAUAUUCAAUCGUAUUUAUUGAGCGCUUACUGUGUGCAGAGCACUGUACUAAGUGCUUGGGAAGUACAAGU